AGCCUUAUUCGUUAACUGGAUCAGUCUGAACGAUACCAGUCUGCUUUCCCUUCACAGUUGUGCCCACUGUGAUUUAGCUUAAUUUAAAAGCCUGAUAAAUGUGCCCAUAUAGGAUGCAAUUUUCAUUAAUUUUGUAUUAACUCUUCUCCACCCUUUGGUAUCUGUUAAUUUCCUUGGAUAUUUGAAGCCCCCGCCUACUUUAUUCUUCUUGUAUUCUUCAACCAGUCAUUUCCUGGAGCAAAAAGUAGAGCUGCUCUGCCUACCUACUGAUAUCAGAUCAAACCAAUAGCAAUGCAUGGCCUGUAAGCCGCCAAUCAUGGCUCAUAGGAAGAGGCCGGGGACCAGUGGAAGAAACAGUAUGGCUGCCCCAGGCCCCACCUCCUGUCCCUCUCCUCAUCCUACAGAGUCAUGUGAUCUGAAAGCCCUCCCUCUUGUGCAACGCCCAGUCCGCUACCCCAAAGAGUCACAUGAUCCAAAACCCCUCCCCCGACGUUGUAAGGCACAAUAUUCUUCUCCCAAGUCUCAAGAAGUGAGUUGCAAUCAUCCAGUAGUGGAUGUAGAUCCAGAGGUUGAAGUGAAGCGGUACAGCAGCCAAGCAGAUGCAGAAUUGGAGGACCAGCGGCCGGCAACACCCUCCACGCCAGAACAUGAACAAGACCAAGAUGAACACGACGGCGCAGAUUUCCACGAUGGAGCUGACAGCUUGGAUGAUGACUCCAGCUCUGACUACAUUAACAACACCUCAGAUGAGGAGGAAGACUAUGAUGAUGGGCUGGCAGAGGAGGAUGAAGGUGUGACUUACUACAUCCGCUACUGCCCAGAGGAUGACAGCUACCUGGAAGGUAUGGAUUGCAACAACCAAGGAGACUGCAACCACAGCCACAGCCGCAAUCAGGUGGACUGUGCUGGCACCAUGCAGUCCGGUGGAGCACAUACUGAUGAAUGCCAGGAGCCCGUGGAAGAAUGGGUCCAGGAGGGAGAGGUUGAGGGUGAGGGGAGGGAGGAGGAAUGGGUAGAGGAUGAGGAAGGAGAGGGAGCAGUGAGGGAAGAGUGGAGGGAAGAGGAGGAAGAGGUGAGGGAAGAGUGGAGACCGGGAGAUGAGGAGGUGAGGGAGGAGUGGAGAGAGGAAGGUCAGGCCAGGCAGGAGCAGUGGGUGGGGCGAGAGAGACACAGGGUGGAGGACUGGGGUGAGGGAGAGGGGGAGGUACGCUGUGAGGUAGUGGAGCAAGAUCCGGACGAACAGAUAUACAAUGGAAGACCAGAACCCAUCCUGGACCACCACCAUCAUCUCCACCACCAACCUUCCCUGCAGGACCCUCUGCACGCCCGAGAGGAAGAGGAGGAGGCAGAGAGCGAGGAGUACUGCCCUAAUGAGGAAGAAGAUGAGGAGGUUGACGAGGAGGACAGGCAUGGAAGGGCCUACACUGGAGACUACUAUGCCCCAGAGGACAAUGGGAACUCGGUGCGAGUCUCCCCAUACCGUAGCCGUAAAGUGCUGGUGGUGGAGGGGGAGACAGGGGAGGAGGCUGAGGAGGACAUUGACCAAAUUGUUGCGGAGAUCAAGAUGAGUAUGAGCAUGGGGAGCCUAAGCAGUGGCACUGACCAAAGCCCAGAGGAGCUGGCACAGGACCCCGCACCAAGUGACUACCCUCACCCCAAGCCUGACGUGGCGCCCUACCCACCAGCUCACCAUCGCCACGACAGCAGGCCCAAGUCCCUGAACCUGCCCUCCAUGCACCACAGCAACCCUGACCUGCAGAGGGGCCUCAAGGCACAUCCACGCUCCCCUGAAGACAGGCAGAGAUGGACACAGGAGCAGGUGAGCAACGGUGCAGAGCAACCCAGGAAACAGCAGCGCUCCGACCUCAACGUUCCCUUGGAGAACAACAAUGUACCAGAGCCAACAAAGAAGGUUGCAUCAUUCCCCAGCUUUGUUGAUGUCCCAGGACCCUGCGAACCAGAGGAUCUGAUUGAUGGAAUUAUUUUUGCUGCUAACUAUCUGGGCUCCACUCAGCUGCUGUCCGAGAGGAACCCCUCCAAGAACAUACGCAUGAUGCAGGCCCAGGAGGCCGUCAGCAGGGUCAAGAGGGUUCAGAAGGCUGCCAAAAUCAAGAAAAAGGCGAGUGCAGACGGAGAUGCUCAAACCCUCACUGAGGUUGAUCUGUUCAUCUCCACCCAGAGAAUCAAAGUCCUCAACGCAGACUCCCAGGAGACGAUGAUGGACAACGCACUCCGUACCAUAUCCUAUAUUGCAGAUAUUGGGAACAUCGUGGUCCUGAUGGCAAGACGCCGGAUGCCACGCACAGCCUCGCAGGACUGCAUUGAAACUACGCCCGGGGCUCCUGAGGCAAAGAAGCAGUACAAGAUGAUAUGCCAUGUCUUUGAGUCCGAAGAUGCCCAGCUUAUCGCUCAGUCCAUCGGUCAGGCGUUCAGCGUGGCUUACCAGGAGUUCCUGAGAGCCAACGGCAUUAACCCUGAGGACCUGAGCCAGAAGGAGUACAGUGACAUCAUCAACACCCAGGAGAUGUACAACGAUGACCUCAUUCACUUCUCCAACUCUGAAAACUGCAAAGAGCUGCAGCUGGAGAAGAGUAAAGGGGAGAUCCUGGGUGUGGUGAUCGUGGAGUCCGGCUGGGGCUCCAUUCUGCCCACAGUUAUCUUAGCCAACAUGAUGAACGGUGGACCGGCAGCUCGCUCUGGCAAGCUCAGCAUCGGAGACCAGAUCAUGUCCAUCAACAACACCAGCCUAGUGGGGCUGCCGCUCGCCACCUGUCAGGGAAUCAUUAAGGGCUUGAAGAACCAGGUUCAGGUGAAGAUGAACAUCGUCAGUUGCCCUCCUGUCACCACUGUCCUCAUUAAGAGACCAGAUCUUAAAUAUCAGCUGGGUUUCAGUGUCCAGAACGGCAUUAUAUGCAGUCUGAUGCGUGGAGGCAUCGCUGAGCGAGGUGGGGUUCGUGUGGGUCACAGGAUCAUAGAGAUCAAUGGGCAGAGUGUGGUGGCCACAGCACAUGAGAAGAUUGUCCAGGCCCUGUCGAACUCUGUUGGAGAGAUUCACAUGAAAACCAUGCCAGCAGCCAUGUUCAGACUUCUAACAGGACAGGAGACACCUAUGUACAUAUAAACAGUGUCAAGGGGCCACUCCACAGGACGGGCUGUCAGCUGUGAUUAGUCUACUCGUGAGGAAAGGGGGGGGUAUUGCCUCUCCCUGUCGAUUCAUUUAUUUCUUUUCUUUUUUUUUUAUCCUUUGAGCUGAUGACUUCAGUUCUCCAUCAUCUCCUCCCUUGUCCAUGCUUAACACGCAGUGGCCAUUUUAUUGACAUGAGAAGCUUUUUCCAUCUGACCAGUUGAAGAGACAGUGUGUGUGUGUGUGUGUGUGUGUGUGUGUGCUGUUAUUUAUUUGUCUUGUCUGUGCUUUUCGGUGUCACGUCACAGUGAGAUUGUGUGGAUGGACUUAUCAAGUGAAUGCAUCACGAUUUAUUUUUUAUAUUCAUGUAAUGCAAUAUGAUACUUCUACUAUACUUCUUGUAUAGUUUCAUUUUCUUCUCUGUUUAUUUAUUUCUCAUGUAAAUACAUAUUUUGGUAAUAUUGCAACUGAGGGCAGUAGAAGGAGGGGGCCACAGCUGCAUUGUAAAUAUUUAUUGAACCUUGCUGUCAAACUGAAAGCAACGGAGACACAAUUGAAUGCUGGAUGUCAUCGUGGUUAUCAGUGAGACGGAGAUUGAGUUAAGUGUUUGAAAUGUUGGGUUUAAAUAUGUCAAUUUGAUAUAAUGUACAUGUGAACCAAACCGAUGCUUGCAGCAGGGGUUUAUGGGAGAAAUGCCAUAUCCUUUUGAUUUUCUUCAUUGUACGGCAAUACACAAGGGUCAAACUCUGAACGGCAAGAUUUGUCUUUUCUAAAUCUCAUGUACAAACACUCACACAUUUAAAUAACAAGCAAAUGAAUAAAACUAUUAACAUGCAUUAAUUAUGCUUUUGAUAUCAAAGUCACAUGUAUGACAAAUUUAAGUUUCUUUUGUGUGCUGCUCUACUGUAUGUUCAUCUUUAGUGUUCCUGACUGAAACUCAUGCAUACUAUGAGUGGACUGUGAAUGUAACUGUGUUGUGUGAGCUGUCCCAUUGCCAUAAGCAGUAUUAGAAUGUCUGUACAUAAAGAGAAACUUGUCUAGUAUUGUGCUCAUGUUACAAAUACAAAACACACAGGUUUAGUCACUGCGAACAUCCUCCCACCUGUAUGUUGGCUUUCAGUCCUGAGAGGGAAAGAGUGAGCUGUGAAUCACACACACACUGUGACAGAAACAAGCCUUACCACCGUGUAAUGGUUUUUCAAUGCAUUGUAGUAAAUUUUAAUCAUAUGAACAUUAUCUGUGUGCAUGCCUCGUAAAGUAGUAUCAUGUCAUUGUGGCGAGAUAAUAAAAUCUGAGCUAAA